AUGCGCGCCUCCUCAAUCUCUACGCUCGCAUGUUUUGUUGUGUUCACGGCGGCCCAGACCUUCCAGCGCCUGGGUGGUUGUCCUAAUUUGGGGUGUAUCUUCCCACCUGAUCAGGUCGACUUCCUAGCGGGUCAGUACUUCGAUAUCCGCCUCGAAGUACACUCCCCCGUCAAUGGUUCCGAGGCUCGAAUUGGAGAGCCAGACGAAAACUUUACGUUCACCAUCGCCAAGAAGGGCAACGGCAAGGAUAAGGGCAGUGUUCCUGUCACUGCAGCGGAAUACUUUAAGAUUGAGGAACCUAAGCUAGAGAAGUGGGACUUUACAUGGUUUGAAGGUAAUAGCUUCCUAUUACUUACUUCUUUGGGGGCACUUGAGUUGAUAGAAACAGAUCGAUUCGCCGAGGACGCAGAGAAGCCUUCCCUUGUCAAUGUGACCUCGAAGAUUUAUAGGAGAAUCGCCCUCUAUGAACCCGGUGAAUACGAAGCUACUCUGACCUACUACGGUGAACAGAAGACAGUUGCCAACUGGCUUGUUCGUGAUCUCUCUACUAAGCGGCGCGCAAAAAACGUUGUCAUGUUUAUUGGAGAUGGCAUGACAACCAACAUGAUCACUGCGGCACGUCUAAUUGCCCACCGCAGCAUCAACGGCAAAUACAUGACCAAAAUGGCAUUGGAUAAGUUUCCCGUUCUAGGCCACCAAAUGACACAUUCUAUGGACUCGUUCAUUACCGAUUCGGCCAACUCUGCCACGGCACUUUACACUGGUCACAAGACCACUGUCAAUGCUUUGGGUGUCUAUGUAGACUCUUCCAGCGACGCAUUUGAUGACCCGAAAUUCGAGACCAUCGCAGAGAUCUUCCGCCGUCAGCACCCGAAGGCCGGCGUUGGCAUUGUGUCAACUGCAUUUUUGGCUGAUGCGACCCCUGCCGGAUUGGCUGCGCACACUAGCGACCGUGGCGAGUACGACCAUGUCAUCGGCACAUACUACGAAGGUCUCACCAACUACGAGUGGACGAACUGGGAUGGCCCCGAUGUCCUCCUUGGCGCUGGUGCAGAGGACUUCCUCGGGAGCGACGAAAAGCGCAACUACUACAAACUCUUCGCCGAGAAGGGCUACAACGUGGCCUGGAACAACACCGCCCUGCACAGCGCCCCAAGCGACGAGAAGCUGCUUGGCGUUUUCCAGAAAUCCAAUCUUGCUACUUGGCUUGAUCGCAACAUCUACCAGUCUAACCUCUACAACCAGAGCAAUUAUCCCGAUGGUUCAGGUCGCGACGCAGACGACUUACCUGGACUCAAGGAUAUGACCCUUAAGGCGAUCGACGUGCUCGACAAGCGCCACCACAAGGACGGCUGGUUCCUGAUGUCCGAAGCCGCCAGCAUCGACAAGCAGAUGCACACUCUGGAUUACGACCGUUCCCUAGGCGAGCUUCUUGAGCUCGACGAUACCGUGCGCGCAACAAUCGAGAAACUCGAGAAACUAGGCCAGCUUGAAGACACCCUCAUCGUUGUCACAGCCGAUCACGGCCACGGCUUCGACGUCACCGGCUCGGUCGACACGAAGUAUAUGGAGGCACAGAAGGACGACCGCAGCAAGCGCAAUGCAGUUGGAUAUUAUGAAAACUCUGGCUUGUCGCAAUACACCGUCGCUGGGUCCAACCCCUUGCGUUACUCCGAGGGCGUCCACUUCCCUGCCCAAUGGGACCCGAGAUACACCCUGCACGCGGGUGUUGGUGCCUUCCCUGACCACCGUGAAAAUUAUCAGGUUCACAGCGAGGGUCCCCGUAAACCUGCUGUGAAGGACGAGAAGAUGGGAUACGUUGCUAACUACAAGGAUGCGGUCAGUGGUUUCAUGGUCAAUGGAACCCUCCCCGUUGAUGCGGCGCAGGGCGUUCACUCCUUGACGGACGUGCCAGUAUUUGCGCGCGGCCCGUGUCAAGAGCGAUUUGGAGGUGUAUACAGCUCGAUCGACAUCUUCUUCAACAUGGCGGAAUGCCUGGGGUUGUCGGAGACGAAGUGA